AUGGCCAAAGGCGGACCAUUCAUGUGGAAGAAACUAGGGUUACCGAAACCCAUCCCCUCCGACAGUGAUGACGAUGCAGAGGAAAACCCUCCACCAGCCACCACCAGCACCGAGACACCACCGGCCACAAGCACAGCAACAGGACGUACCCACUCACCGGUCGCCCAGACAUAUCGCCGGCAAAAGAAACGGCAAAGAACUCCGCCACCACCAUCCGCAAUAGCCCCGACGGCAAACCCUGCGGGCGAAAUACUACCUGAGGCCACCCCUCCCUCCGGCUACAGCCACAAACGGCUAAGAACACAGUCGCCACCAAGAUCAGAGCUAGAACCCACCAUUGCCAUACAUCCCGCAGGACUCAAAGAAAGUGGUAUGCCCACUGAUUCCACCAGCGCUGUGCCCAGUGAUGCGCCCACAGACUUGCCAAGUGCUAUGGCCAGCGAUGUGCCAAGCGAUUUGCCCACUGCUCCCACCACUGAUGAGCCCACGGAUGUGCCCACUGAUGCGCCUACUGAUUUCACCAGCGCUAUGCCCAGCGAUGUGCCCACCGAUGCGCCCAUGGACUUACCAAGUGAUGUGCCUAGCGAUGUGCCCACAGACACACUCAGUGAUAUGCCCAGCAAUUUGCCCAGCGAUUUGCCCAGGCCAACACACCCAGAUCACAUCGUCAAAGCACUGACGUUCAACAAAAUUUCUGAACGCACCAGGCUGCUUAAAAUCUCAUCCUUACCAUAUCACCCAGGAAAAUACAUCUGGGAUACUGGGUUGCCACCCAACUAUCUAGCAUCAUUCAGUAUAACAGGCCACUGA